CCCCCCGCGCCACCCCCCCCCCCAGCCGCUCCCAUUUCCGAGUUUCCGCCGGUUUCCCUGUAGCCGCCGCCUCCUCUGGGUGCCGUCGCCUCUUCAACGACCGACCGGCGGCUCUUCGCGUCCUUCUCCACCGGACGGCAACCUCCGCGGCUCCGGUCACCGACUCACAGUCACCGCAAGCAUGAGGAAGUUAAAAUUUCAUGAGAAGAAGCUCCUGAAGAAGGUGAACUUUAUUGAGUAUAAAAGAGAAAGGGGUCACCGUGAAGCACUCGUCACACGCCGAUACCACCUCACAGAAAGGGAUGAUUACAAGAAGUAUUCGAGUAUAUGUCGCAUGGUACAAAAGCUAGUGGUCCUCCUGAAGCAAAUGGAUCCAAGAGACCCUUAUCGCAUUGAGAUGACAGAUAUGCUUCUAGAAAAGCUUUACAAUAUGGGUGUGAGCUCAACAAAAAAGAGCUUGGCAAAGUGUGAAUUAUCAGUGAGUUCAUUCUGCAGACGUAGGUUGGCAUCUGUUCUGGUGAACCUGAAGUUUGCUGAGCAUCUAAAGGAGGCUGUGACAUACAUUGAGCAGGGGCAUGUACGGGUAGGACCAGAGACGAUCACUGAUCCUGCAUUCCUUGUGACAAGGAACAUGGAAGACUUUGUGACCUGGGUGGAUUCUUCGAAGAUCAGAAGAAAGGUGAUGGCGUAUAAUGAGAGAUUGGAUGACUACGAUGCACUGAAUGCAUAAUGUAAGGUUCUUUUCUAAUUAAAUUCUCUUUUUUGAGAGGCUAGUCAUGAAAGUAGCUGUACUUUUUGUGGUGGAGCCAAGGUUCUUGUAAACUUGCCAAUAUCAUGUUGUGAAUCAUGGUAGUGAAUUCUAACAUCUUUUGAUAUAGUUAUUUCUGUUGUCUGCUCUUGUUAUGGAUAAUGAGUCUUGGAGCAGAGCAAUAUGAUAAGUAGGAUUCAUAAGUAGGAUUCAUACUUAUUUUC